AUGAGUCCCUAUGGAAGUUCUUCUCCCACACCCGGUACGGAUUGCAGGAAUGCGGUCCCGACGACCCAGCGAGAGGAGCGCCUGAAGACGGACAUGAAAUCAGCGGACAAGCUCGAUCUGCAGCAGUACCUCACAAUCCACUCUAGACAGCGCCGUCAACGGACGUCGUUUACACCUUGUCAGCUAGCGUCUUUGGAAGAAUUGUUUGCACGGACACACUAUCCCGACAUUUUUGUGAGAGAGGAACUUGCUGCUAAAAUAAACCUUUGUGAGGCCCGUAUACAGGUAUAA